UAAAAUAGGCUAAAAAUAAAAGUAAAACCAAUUACACAGUCUAGCUCUCUAUUCAUAUAGUUUGCCUUGAAGCAGAGGCUGUGACGCUACAGUAAGUGUGUCACACAGUGUGAGUGAGUGACUCGUGUUCAUCAGCGAAAUAUUUAUCGCUCCUCGCCGGACUCGAGUUACGCGCUGCGCUUUUAGAAGCGUCAAGUGUUUUAGGACACGCGUCACAGCAGCAGCGUUGAUUUCACAUGCAUUGACCCACAGAUUUAAGCGCUUACUUCAGAACUAUUUUGUCUACUGAUUAUUCACAUUUACCUCCCGGUUCAAGACGGUUGUAAGGAGUACUGCCUGGAACCGGCGGAAUAUAUUCAACAUGUUGGGGAGAAAGAAGAAACCAGAGACCGUUCAGACUGAAACUAAAGAGUUCGAGUCGAAAACCCACGAUCCGCUUCGGAGGCUUGGUGUUUUAGACGAUGAAGAUGUGCGUGUGAUGCUGCAAGGAUCAAAGAUGGUAAAGGUUCGAUCUCAGCGUUGGAGGAAGGACCGGAGCCUGAAGCUUCUGGAGGACUGUGUGACGGUGUGGUGUGAGUCCAGCAAAACCUCCCGCAAGGGCAAGAGUCAGCAGACCUUCUCUGUGACGGAGGUGGAGUGUGUGCGGGAAGGCUGUCAGUCGGAGUGUCUGCGACGGAUGGCAGGUCUGGUUCCAGAGAAACACUGCUUCACUGUGGUCUUUCGUGGGGGAAGGAAAAGCCUGGAUCUGUGCUGCCCCACACAGGAGGAAGCGGAGCGCUGGGUCCGAGGCAUCCGCACACUCAAAGACCGAGUCUCCAACAUGAGUCAGAAAGAAAAGCUGGACCAUUGGAUUCGAAGCUAUCUGAGACAUGCAGAUCAGAACCAGGAUGGAAAGAUGAGCUACGACGAGGUGAAACAUCUGCUACAGCUGAUCAACAUUGACCUGAACGAACAGUAUGCUCGUUCCCUCUUUAAGAAGUGUGAUCGUUCCUGUGACGGGCGGCUGGAUCACGUGGAGAUCGAGGAGUUCUGUCGUGAGCUGAUGCGCAGGCCGGAGCUGGACGCGGUGUUCAGGCAUUAUUCCGGUAACGGAUGUGUGCUCACCACCUUGGAGCUGCGGGAUUUUCUUGGAGACCAGGGCGAGGACGCAUCGCUGGCCCAUGCGAAGAGUCUCAUCCACACCUAUGAGCUCAACGACUGGGCCCAGAAGAAUCUGUUCAUGACCCAGAACGGUUUCACCAUGUACAUGCUCUCAAAAGAGAACGAUGUGUUUAACCCGGAUCACGCUCACGUGUAUCAGGACAUGAGCAGACCACUGGCUCACUACUACAUCUCUUCUUCUCAUAAUACAUACCUGACUAAAGACCAGGUGACCAGCGCCAGCAGCACUGAGCCUUAUAUCAGAGCUCUGCAUCAGGGCUGUCGCUGUGUUGAGCUGGACUGCUGGGAUGGUGAUAAAGGAGAGCCCAUGAUCUUCCACGGACACACGCUCACCUCCAAAGUGCUCUUUAAAGAAGUCAUCGAGACCAUCGCUCAAUACGCCUUCAAGGCGUCUCCAUAUCCUCUGAUCUUGUCCCUGGAGAAUCAUUGCUCAGUGGAGCAGCAGGCGGUCAUGGCGCAGCACCUUCGCUCCAUUCUGGGCAAAAAGCUCCUGAAGAAGCCACUUAAUGAGCUGCCCCUCAAACAGCUGCCCUCCCCUGAGGAGUUGAUGGGGCGGAUCCUUCUGAAGGGGAAGAAGUUGAAUGGUCUGCUGGGGAAGACUGACAGCUGGAUUAGCUUCUCAAAUAGCUCAGAUGAAGAUCCUGCUGCGGGAGGGGGCGGGAACAAAAAGGAAUCCAAAAAGGAUCCUGUAAGGUCUGUGAGCACUAAACUGAGUCCAGAGCUGUCAGAUAUGGUGGUGUAUUGUCAGAGCGUGCCCUUCAGUGGUUUCGAGAAAGCCAGUCAGAGACCUCCUAGCUUGAUGUCCUCUUUCUCUGAAAAUGAGGCACUUAAACUCAUCAAAGACUCGGGGAAAAUGUUUGUUCGACACAACAGUCGGCAGCUGAGCAGGAUUUACCCAUCAGGCCAGAGAUUACAGUCCUCCAACUACGACCCCCAGGACAUGUGGAACGGGGGCUGCCAGAUGGUGGCUCUGAACUUCCAGACACCGGGAGAGCAGAUGGAUCUGAACCAGGGCCGCUUUCUGCCCAACGGGCGCUGUGGAUACGUGCUCAAACCUGACUUCCUGUGUCACCCGAAGUCCGACUUUGACCCUGAGAACACAGGUGGAGGACCAGGACACAUACCCACACAACUUACCAUACGGGUGAUUUCCGCUCAGCAACUUCCUAAAAUAAACACUGACAAGCCCAACUCCAUUGUGGACCCGCAGGUCUGGGUGGAGAUUCAUGGAGUUUCCAUCGAUAAGGCUCGUGCCAAAACCCAGCGCAUUGACAACAAUGGUUUCAACCCCCGCUGGGAUUGUACUGUGAGUUUUCAGCUGCAGGUGCCUGAACUGGCCUUGGUGCGUUUCAUGGUGGAAGAUCAUGACCACAAAGCUAAGAACGAUUUUAUUGGCCAAUUCACCCUCCCCUUCACCAGCCUGCGAACAGGUUAUCGUCACGUUCACCUGCUAAAAGCAGACGGCUCCAGUCUGUCUCCUGCCACCCUCUUCAUUCAUGUCAAGGUUGUACGGCGGGGAGUUCCUAUUAAAACCGUUUCUGAGCGGAUAGGCAAAGCCUGAUGCUUUUGUCAUACAGUAGUUCCUGGAAAUGUUUAUUUCCUGAAGUACAAUACCUUACUGAAGGAAAAGCCACUGAGUCGGGCUCUUGAGGUGCUGCGACUCUUCAGAAUGAGACCACCUGAAACAUGUGACACUGGAUGUACAUGGACAAACUCAGUCUCAAGAAUGUCAAUGUAGACCUGAAGUGCAUUUGGCUUUUGCAUCGUGAAUCUGUGGUGUUGUCUGCAGAGCAGAGCGUCUAACAUGUUAAGGACAUGUUACAGUUGGAGCUAAAUAUGUUAUAAAGUCAGUAUCGUUAGAAGUUACAAGUCAGUGUUGUUUAUAGAGUCUGUUUCCAUGGAGACACAGAAUUCUAUUGAGUCUGUAUUUAAAAUAUUUAACACUUUUUAUGAUAAUUUAAUAUUUUAAUUGAAUUUAAACUAGUUUUGAGAUGCUGGACAAGAAUUGUUUGUGCAUGUAGACAGAAAUGAUCUUCUGUCUUUACUUGUUUUAAUGUUUGAAUAUUGUAAUUAUGUUGGAGGUUUUGAUAUGCUGAAUACUGACAGGAUAAAGAAAGUGUAGAAAAAAAAAACAUUGAAAUGAUACUGGAAGCAUAGCAAGUAUAUGGACUGUUUAGUAAGGUCUAUGACUGAUUUUUUUUUUUUACUCAAGUAUGUUUUAAUUGAUUUAAACACCAUUGACGUUCCAAUUAGAUAAUUCUGAGAAAUAAUAUAUCUAAAUAUUUUUUAAAUAACUAUGACUAAUGAUGAAAUCUGUGUUUAACAUAAUGUCUGAGACAGAAGAUUUGAUCAUUAAACCUAAAAGCAAACAUUGUAAAUGUUCAGUGUCCUAACCACUUGACCAGUUACUUUCCUUAAAGGGAUAGUUCACCCAAAAAUGAAGAUUCUGUCAUCAUUUACUCACCCUCAUGUCAUUCCAAACCUGUAUAAAUGUCUUUGUUCUGUUGAACACAAAGGAAGAUAUUUUGAAGAAUGUAGGAAACUGAACAGUUCUGGGGCACCAUUGACUUCAAUAGUAGUUUUUUUCCUACUAUGGAAGUCAAUGGUGUCCCAAAGCGGCCUGGACAUAAACUUUCAUCUAAAUAUCUCCCUUUUUGUGUUCAGCAGAACAAAGAAAUUCAUACAGCUUUGGAACGACAUGAGGGUGAGAAAAUGAUGUUUUUUUUAUGUUUUUUCAGUGUUUUUUUGGGUGAACUAUCCCUUUAAGGUGCAGGCAAUUAUAGCACUUGCUCCUAUAUGUUAUGGCUAAGAUUGUUGAAUUAUGGUUGAGUUAUAGAGUUCCCAAAGGUCUGUGUUUUGCACUAGGCUAUGAUAAUUAAUUGUAUAUGAUAUGUAAUAAUGUAAUAUCAAAUGCUUCUUUACAAACAUGUUUUAAUUGUAGAUUUUAUGUUUCACAGUAACAGACCGUUCCCUGAUCUUAAUGUCUUACUUGUUGUUCAUACAGUACUGUAUGUGUGUGUGUGUGUGUGUGUGUGUGUGUGUGUGUGUAUACAUGCAUAUUUUUCCUAUGUUGUAUUGAAAUAGAUAAUCAGUUAUUAAAUAAAUUAAUAUUCAUAUUUGCAUAGCUAAUUGUACCUAAUUAUUGUAUGAUAGAUAGAUAGAUAGAUAGAUAGAUAGAUAGAUAGAUAGAUAGAUAGAUAGAUAGAUAGAUAGAUAGAUAGAUAGAUAGAUAGGACUGUCACACAUAAAAUGAAAGAACUACAGAGACCGUCGGGCUUUGCGGCAGUCCACCAAUGGUUUUGCGGGGUGUGAGAGCGCAGGGCGAGAUCCUCACUUCCUGGUUAAAGAUGGCGGAUGAGAAUGAGACAGCACCGCAGCUGGAGAAAGAAACUGAGGUAGAAGAGGAUCAUGGACAUUGCAGCAAUUGUGAAAAUGAAGAGCAUCACUCUGAUGACGGGGAGAAGGGUGACACAGGUGCCAAGAAGAA